AUGGCAAGAGUUGCCAAAGAUCUGCCUCAAUUCCGGGACCUUGGCCGUGAUGACGAGACAUGCAUUUUCCCAGUCAAGACAGAGGCCAGCCGUUGUCUCCGGUGCCGGGAUCGAUACACCAGAAAAUCAGCAGCCACACUCCACCAAACCAUUUUGAGCAGUAGCCUGACCGAUCCGUGUCUUGACGAGAGUCUCGCCCGGUUUCUCGACCUGUCCUUUUGCUGGCAGCACCAAAAGAUAUGCAGAGAGCUCGAGCUGGGGAGGCCCAUAUGUGAAAAAUGGAGGACUGAACUGAGCGCAAAAGAGUGCAAGGUGGCGGCCGGCAAGCAGAAGCUGGAUGAGAGACCAUCUUCUGGCUCCAGCACCCCAUUCCAGACGCCGCCCAGUGGUCGUGUGAUCCGAUCUCAGUCGAAUGUCAAGCAGGUUGUCGGCAAGCCUCCACCGGAAACCCUCACGCUGGGUGAGGCCGCAGGGAAGAUGACUCUCUUUGACAAUGUCAAGUACAUCCCUUAUGGGUCUAAUCGAACACGAACAUUCUUCGACUUGUUGCACAGCAAUUUGGCGAAAAGGGCUCGGGAUCCGGGAAUCGUCUAUGUCGAGAGAAGGGGUGUCAUGGUCAAGAUUGGCUUUACUGCACGCUCAGUGCAGAAAAGACAGGAUGAUGCGAGAAGGACUUGCGGCCGGAUUACUGAACAUCACUACUCAACAGACUGGAUCCCCCACGCGUUCCGGGUCGAGCAGCUCGUGCAUUUGGAGUUGCGAGACUCCCGAUUCAAGGAGGUCUCCUGCAAGUGCGGCGUCGGCCACGAAGAGUGGUUCCACGAGGAUGUUGGAUCAGCCAUUCGAGUGGUACGCUCCUGGGCGACCUGGAUGAAUCUAGCUCGACCCUACAACGAAGCCGGGGAUCUACUACCGGAAUGGGCCGCAAAACUAAAGGCAAUGAGGAGAGACAACAUACCCGUCACCGGCCAGGCUCUUCUCGACCAGAUCCAUACGCGGAUGCGGGAGUCUCCUCCCGUCGUGGGUGAAUCCAUUCACGAAGCAUCGCAGGCCAGAAGAGAUCCAUCUGCGAAGAAGUCCAUAGCAGAUGGCCACCGGGAGGAACCCGGUAAAGAGAAUCCUGCUAAGACAGGCACGACUACGGUGGAAGUCCAACCUCAAUUACAUAUCGCAUCGUUAAGUUUGGCCGAGUUGGAGGUGCCAGCCUCAGGUUCGCUAAAGCAACCAACGGUCGCUGUCGCUGUCCACAUGAGAAGUCUUGUUUCCCAACUCGACCAAAUGAUGAGGGAGCUCAGACAAGAUAUGGAAAGGAAUCUUGCUUCCCAACUCAACCAAACGGAGAGGGCGCUCAGGCAGGAAAUGCAAAGGAGUCGUCGCUUGCACCAUCCGACCUCGAGUGUAACCUUAGGAAUCCACCGUGUUGAGCUAAGCGUGGCAUGA